AUGUCGUUCUUAUUCAACUCUUCACUUUACACUAUUCUCCCCUUGUUCUUGUCCUUAGUCUUCCUUCUGAAAUGGUUGUCCAAUCCAAAAACCCGAAGAAAUUCGCCACCUUCUCCAUCAAAGCUCCCAAUCAUUGGAAAUCUCCACCAACUUGGAUUGCUUCCUCAUCGCUCCCUCCAAACACUAGCUCAAAAAUAUGGCCCCCUCAUGCUGCUUCACCUCGGCAGCAAGCCUGCACUCAUCGUUUCCUCAGCUGAUGCAGCUCGGGGGAUAAUGAAAACCCAUGAUCUCAACUUCUCAACCAGACCUAAAUCAAGCAUUCCCAGUAGAAUCACUUAUGACAAGGACAUUGCAUUUGUUCCAUACGGAGAGUAUUGGAGGCAUGCAAGAAGCAUUGGUGUGCUCCAUCUUCUAAGUAAUAGAAGGGUUCAGUCUUUUCAUGGGGUGAGAGAAGAAGAAACAGCCCUAAUGUUGGAGAAGAUCAAACAAUCUUGUUGUUCUUCUCCUUCUUCACCAUUGAAUUUGACUGAAAUGUUAAUCUCAAUGACAAACGAUGUAAUGUGCCGCGUAGCCUUGGGGAAGAAGUACAGUGGAGGGGAAGGUGGUAGGAGAGUAAAAAAGCUAUUUGGGGAGCUUAUGGAGGUUUUGGGAGUUUUCAAUGUGGGGGACUAUAUCCCAUGGCUUAUGUGGUUGAAUCGUGUCAAUGGUUUGAAUGCUAAAGUGGACAAGGUUGCUAAAGAGCUCGAAAUUUUUUUGGAGAGUGUAUUAGAAGAGCAAGUGGAUCGUCAAAAAAAAGAGAACGGCGGUGGUGGGAGUGAUGAACAUGGUAAAGGGCAUGAGUAUUUUUUAGACAUUUUACUUGGAAUUCAAAGAGAGAACAAUACUACUGCCACUCCUCUUCACAGAGAGAGCAUUAAAGCUAUCACUUUGGAUAUGUUUGCUGGUGGAAUUGAAACUACCUACGUAUCUCUAGAAUGGGAAAUGACAGAGCUUUUAAGACAUUCCAAAGUCAUGAAGAAACUGCAGAAUGAGGUUCGAGGAAUAGCCAGAGGCAAAGAGGACAUAACCGAAGAUGAUGUAGAGAAAAUGCAGUACUUGAAAGCGGUGAUCAAAGAGUCUUUGGGGUUGCACCCUCCUGUGCCAUUGCUAGUUCCUCGUGAAGCCAUUCAAGAUGUCAAAGUAAUGGGCUACGACAUUGCAGCAGGGACACAAGUGUUUAUCAAUGCUUGGGCAAUUGCGCGAGACCCAUCAUUGUGGGAAGACGCUGAAGAGUUCCGGCCAGAGAGAUUCUUGAAUACUUCAAUAGAUUAUAAAGGGCAGGACUUCCAAUUUACUCCAUUUGGAGCUGGCAGGAGAAGUUGUCCUGGAAUCCAAUUCGCCAUGACUCUUAAUAAGCUUGCAUUAGCAAAGCUUGUGCAUAAGUUUAAUUUUGUACUGCCUAAUGGAGCAAAAGGCCAGGAUAUGGACUUGACUGAAGCCCCUGGCAUAACCAACUGCAAGAAGUAUCCUCUGCUGGUUGUUGCAACUCCAUAUUCUUGCUAG